AUGUCGUCGGACGAAGAAGUUGCCUAUGCUCUCCGAUGGAACAACAAUAUAGCAAUAAUGAUUUUUGGAUUAGUAUCCUAUGAGUACAUAUUUCACUUCGAGAAAGAGGUCAAGUUUGUUUGGACAAAAAAAUGGACACCGAUGACGUAUCUCUACCUCGCUGCACGAUACUUUGGUCUUUUCCUUGCAAUGCUUUGCGCCUGCUCACUAGGGGGAGGUCUAAUGUAUAUUCCCGAAGGGUUGCAAGUAUACUGCCUUGGACUUGAACUUGCAUUCGCUUACUACGCAGCCGAAACAGGCUACGCUCUUGCCGUUCUAUUGGAAUGGGGCUUUUCAUUUUAUUUUUUGUUGGCGGAAGUCAUUCUCAUCUGGCGUCUUUACGCGUUAUACAAUCGAUCCAAGUUCAUACUAUAUUUGCUGGUCGGGUUGUUCCUAGUCAUCGCCGCGCUUUCGAUAGGAAUCGACAUAUACUUAUACAGUCGACCCGAAGCGUUCUCGGUGAAAGAAAUAGUAACUCCGAACGUCAAUUACUGCACGUCUUCCUUCAACAUAGGGCCUAUGCCUUCGAUCUAUGUUUCCAUCCCGAUCAUAUGCUUCGAUAUCUUCCUGGUUGUUCUCGCCGUUCUUAACCUCGUGAAACACCUCAGAGAACGAAGAGAGAUACAAGUGCAGCCUAACACAUAUCCGGCAGUGAACAGUCUCUCGGAGGGUUUCAUCAAUACCGCACCAUUUAUUAUUGCGCCCCGUCUGAUUAUCAGCAUUUGGGACACACACGCCAAUGAACAGCGCACACAUGACAAAGACUACUUCAAUGGAUGGACGGCGCGGCGACUGGACUUAUCCGUGCAACGGAAUCCUGAUUCUCGUUUGAAGUUACCGUUUCUCGAGGCUCGUGUGGUUGCUGGUGUCGUGUGGUUCUACAAGACAGCUGAAGGUCGUGUGUACCGACGGCCCGGCGGAAAGAAGUACGAAAAAAGCGGACAGCGAGCUACUUUCUAUUGUUGA